AUGCCUCCGAAGGUAAGCAAGGAUAAGUCGAACCCGCCUCGGCCUUUGAAGCGAAAGCUACCGCCAGGCUCCUCGAAGCCCCACAAGAAGCGCAGGUCCCUGCCCCCCGAGAUCCGGAACAUGAUCUACGGGUUCGCCUUCAUCAGACCUGACGGGGUGCGUCUUGUCGGACAGCUCACGCUUCCCAUGCCGAGAUGUCCAAAGUGGCUCUGGAAACUAAAAUUCGUGCGACACUCCCGCGGGCGCUCGCGGCGCGUGAGCGCCGAGGACAAACUCCCCGUGCCGUUCCUGGGGUGCUGCAAACGGGUCCAUGCCGAGGCGCGAGCGAUGCUGUAUAGCAACUCCUUCGUGGCGGAAGACAUGGAGACGCUCGGGGCCUGGCUGGACAAGUUAGGCUCGGGGAACGCUACCUGCCUGCAGAGGAUACGGGUCAGAACCGAGCCUCAGACAUGGAGCCCUCGUGUGUCGACCAAGGUGCUGGAACAGCAGGAGCGGUACCGUAAUGCCUGUCGGAGGGUGGCGAACAUGCUCGCCGCCGCCGUCAACCUCGAGUCGUUCAAGACCAUCUUCUACUACCACCACAAGAUCAAGCUGCCGAGACGGAGCCGUCUCAAGCGGACCGGCCGUGUCACCGGCUGGAUGGGCCUCGCCCGCAAGAUCACGGAGGUGUUCUAUCACGACUUCCGUCCCAUCUACUCCAAGGGCCUCACGCGCGGCCGGACGCCCGAGGAGCUGUGCAGGGUCCUGGGCGUCAGCCCGAACAACUGGUGGGGCCGACGGCAGUCGCUGAGCCCAUCCACGCUCACCGCGAGGGACGCCGAGCGCGCCGAGAACGAAGUGGCCAAGCACAUGAGGCUUCUCCUGGAGAGGAACCUGAAGUACCGGCUUCACCCACGCUUCAGGGCGCAGCCUUCGAGUUCCUGA